AUGGAUUUGAGAGUGUCUCCAGAAGUUCCUGGUAUCGUGCAACCGGGGAAUGUUACACAAGAUUUGAAAAUGAUGGUUUGUAAGCUGUUAAAUUCACCAAAACCGGCAAAAGCGUUCCCUGGUUCGCAGCCUGUUUCGUUCCAGCAUUCUGAUAUUGAAGAGAAAUUGCUGUCUCAUGAUUAUUACGUCUGUGAAAAAACGGAUGGUCUGAGAGUGUUGAUGCUGAUUGUGAUAAACCCCGUGACUGGUGAGCAAGGUUGUUUCAUGGUCGAUAGAGAGAACAAUUAUUACCUGGUAAAUGGGUUUAGAUUUCCAAAACUGCCCAAAAAGAGAAAGGAAGAACUAUUGGAGACGUUACAGGAUGGAACUUUGAUCGAUGGUGAGUUGGUCAUCCAAACAAAUCCCGUGACAAAACUUCAGGAAUUAAGGUACCUAAUGUUCGACUGCCUUGCGAUCAAUGGAAGAUGUAUUAUUCAGUCUCCAACUAGCUCAAGGCUAGCACAUCUGGGUAAGGAGUUCUUCAAACCAUAUUAUGAUCUAAGGUCCGUUUAUCGCGAUCAUUGUAGUACUUUCCCUUUCAAGAUCUCUAUGAAGCACAUGGAUUUUAGCUACGAUUUAGUUAGGGUAGCUAAUAGCCUUGACAAGUUGCCUCAUAUGUCUGAUGGUUUGAUUUUCACUCCUGUAAAGAAUCCGUAUUACGUUGGUGGCAAAGAUUCAUUUCUGUUGAAAUGGAAGCCAGAACAAGAAAAUUCAGUGGAUUUCAAAUUAAUACUAGAUAUACCGAUUGUUGAAGACCCUUCAUUGCCAAAAAAAGCCCCAAAUAGAUUCUACUAUAACUAUGAUAUAAAGCCAACAUUUAACCUCUACGUUUGGUUAGGUGGUGCUGACGUCAACACUAGGUUAAAAAAUUUCGAAAAGCCAUUCGAUAAGAAAGAAUUGGAACUAUUAGAAAGAACGUAUAAGAAAUUUGCAGAAUUGGAAAUCAGUGACGAUAAAUGGGAAGAAAUGAAAAAACUAGAACAACCAUUGAACGGAAGGAUUGUUGAAUGCACAAAAGAUCAAGAAACUGGCGCUUGGACGAUGUUGAGAUUUAGAGAUGAUAAACUAAAUGGUAAUUAUACUUCUGUGGUGCAAAAGGUCCUGGAAAGUAUAAACGAUUCUGUUUCCUUGGAAGAUCUCGGUGAAGUGGUAUCGAGAAUAAAAGAGUCUUGGACACAGAGAAAACAAGCUAAGAGUAAUAAUUUAAAUUCUCGAACGGCCUCGUCAUACAUAGCUCCAAAGACAUCCCAGCCAGCUUCUAUGCCAAAUCAGCAGCCAGUUCAGGAGUCUUCUGCUCCCCAAUAUGUUGAUGAUGAGGAAGACUGGUUUGAUUAA